AUGAACCCCGGCGACAGUCGCGGCAUUCACCCGGACGAGGAGUUGUUCCUGAACAACUCCUCAAAAAGGCCCGACGAGUCGCCUCGAGUUGAACCUUUGAGAAUUAACAAGAGAGACUCGGCCUCCCCUGCAUCGGCCACCAGUCCACCCAGCGCCCCGUUGCCGUACCCCGACGAUAGACCUCGUCUUCAAAUGCGCAGCUCCUCUUCUAGUCAAGAUGGGCGUCCCGCCGAUCCAACUAGAUAUGGAUCUCCGCCCGUAGGCUCCGGCCCCAGCUCCGGCUCAGUGAGCCCCGCAGAUUACCCCCUGGCGCUGCGCCCACGCGAUGGUCGUGAGCCACGAGUCGCAACUCUGGCCGAGCGACGAGGGGCUGCACCAAAGCCGUUGCCGGAAUCCCCAGGCCCAGAUGCACCAGAUCGUGAAGCGUUGGCGGCCAGACAAUACCCUCGUCCUCCUGCGGCUGCUCCCGUCCCGACGAAUGUGGCGCCAGAGGGGCUUCAAUAUGAUUAUCGUCAACAAUACUUCCCACCUCCUCAGCGCUCCAACUCGCGACCUUCUUCCGCCCGACCUCCCUCUACUCUCCAUGCCCCUCAAUCCAGUGGAAUCAAUCGCAUCAAUUCAACUGCAUCGACUUCUACCACCCGUGCCGAGCGUGGAUCUCCGCCACCACCGGAGACGCCGAUAGUGGGCCCAGGUCAACAACCUACUUCGGAUAUUGAAGCUCGUUAUGCUGCAUCUGGGAUUGCUGGCACAGGAACACUGGAUCGUCUGCAGUCACAAAGUGCUGCUGCACAAAGACGUGCCGCACAGUAUGCUGGACAACAACCUACUCAACCACAGCAGCCUGCCCCGCGAAGACCAUGGACACCCACUGAACAGCCAGGGUCCCAGCCGCAUGGGCCACCCACGGUAUAUCAAGGCUCAGAUGUUGUGAGUGAUGAUGAGCAUUCCCCAGUUCAUCCAUCACAGCAUAGUAGCCCCCCGCCGCAGUCCCAGCAGUCCCAGUUCCUGCCGCAAUCGCUACCACAAUCGCAACAACAGCAAUCACCACAGUCUCGAAUUCCACCGAAUGCUCUAGAACAAGAUCUCGACCGAAUGCGCCUAAGCUCAUCUCCACCACCCGCGUAUUCAAGCGUCUCCGCACCUUCGAACAAUUAUCCAGCUGAGAAACGGAGCAGUAUGGCUGCUGGAGCUGUUGGAGCUCUUGGUGGAGCUGCUGCUGGAGCUGCUUCUAGUCCUGCUUCUGGUCCUGCUUUAGCUGGACAUCCAGCAAAUUUAAGUCAACAACACCCUGCUUUGGCCGCAGCCCCUUCUCCAGCCCAGUCAGUCUCGCCACAAGACCACCCCGCUUUUGCCAACGACCCUCGCCAGCAACCUCAAGUUGGACAGUCACCGCAGAGCUUUGUGACCAAUGGAAAACCAACUUUCAACCAGGGCCCACAGAUAGUCCAAGUGACUUCACCUGGACCAGCUUCCGGGCUUCCACCUUCAUCUCCUCCUCCCCUUCCCGAGGGCUGGAUUGCGCACAUGGACCCGAGCUCUGGCCAGUACUAUUACAUCCACCUGGCAACACAGUCAACCCAGUGGGAGUUCCCGAAAGGUCCCACACCAUUGAAUUUCAAUGAAACUCCCCUGUCUCCCAUUGGCAGUGUGUAUAGUAGUCACCCGAUGGCAUCGCCUGGGCUAUCGGCCUUUGGUAAACCCAUGGCUUCGCCUGGAGUGCCUUUGACACCGGGUUUUGAGAGCCUUCAAUCCCCCAUGGCUGGGUUCUCUGGACCUCCACCCAGCAGCGGUAUGGAGAUGUACAAGACAGCUCCUACAAAUGGAGUCUACUUUGGCCCCUAUCUGCGAUACACAAACAUGGACCUCGAGCGUGGACUUUGGCUCGGCUCUAUCCUACUUGUGGCAGAUGCCGCGCAGCCUCCUACGAUCCACCUUCACCAGAGUGCUGAUCUUUCUCCCAACCCAAGACAAUUGAAAGCGGUCAAUAUUGCAGUCCAUCAACGCUGGACCUUUUACAAGUACGAUAUUGACAUUCAAAUGGAGGAAAUGGGACCCGCAAAAUGGACUUAUGCAAUCACUUCACAUCUGGGAUGCACCCGCUACGAAUUCCUUGUCGCUGGCCGACAUGAGACUAAUUGGCGAUUCAUUGCCACAUCCGGAAAUGACUUUUCGAUCAACGUGAACGCUAACGAGAGAGCUCGUCUAGGUGGAGUGGGCGUUAUGUGGAAGGAUAUCAUGCAAAAGCAUAAUGAGAUUGGUGGAUUCCACGCGCAAUUGUGUCUGGGAGGACAGAUCUAUGCCGACCGCAUGUGGAAGGAGAUCCCAUGCCUCAAACAGUGGCUGCUCAUCAGCGGAAAGGAAGCCAGGAAGAAUGCUCCUUGGACUGCUGCAAACCAACAAGAUGUUUCUCAUGCCUACUUCCAUUAUUACACCAGCCACUUUGACCAACCGAACCUCCGAGAAUCAUUUGCCCAGAUCCCCUACAUUUGUCAGAUCGAUGAUCAUGAUAUCUUCGACGGAUUUGGCUCCUACCCUGAACAUAUGCAAUUUUCAAACAUGUUUAAGAACAUUGGCCGCAUCGGCAUCGAAAUGUACCUUCUCUUCCAGCACCAUACCACUUUGGAUAUUCUUCGCAACGUGAACAAUGAUUUGGAUCUCUUCACAAUUACUGGAACUGGCUGGCAUUUUGUCAAAUAUCUUGGUCCUGGUGUCGUGGUCGUUGGGCCCGAUUGCCGCUCGGAACGCAACCCUCAUCAGGUCAUGGCUGGCCCCACUUAUCAAGGUCUUUUCCCGAAGAUUGCGAUGCUGCCGCCCAGUGUACAACACUGUCUUUGGAUGCUUGCGGUACCAAUCAUCUACCCUCGGCUGGAGACUGCUGAGCAUAUUGCCCAGACUGUUGCCACUGGAAAGCGGGCUGUGACAGGCACCUAUAAUCUACUGGGCAAGGUCACUAGCUCAGUAGCCGGUGUAGUAGGAGCAAAGGAGUUUGUUGGGUCAGGCUUCGACUCUAUCAAGCGAGCCGUGGGCAAGUCUGGUCUGAUGGGCGGGAUCCUAAGCCCAUUCGGCGAAUUCGAUCUCAUGGACGAGCUGCGUGACCAAUGGACUCACGAAUCCAAGGACCUCGAACGGACCUAUCUUAUUCGAACUCUGCAGGGCAUUGCCCACCAGAAAUCUCUUCGUAUGACUUUCCUCUCUGGUGCCGUCAAUGUCUGCGGUGCGGGUCUUGUACACGAUCCGAGCCAACCCUCCGAUCAUAAGACGAUGUACCAGCUCAUCUCCUCUCCUUCUGUCAAUACUCCACCCCCGUCCUACGUUGUCAAGAUGCUACACAGUAACAACAAGCCAUUGUACGUACCCGCCAAUGGUCACCGGUCCUCAUCUCAACCAACCGAUACCAAGGAGGACAUGAUGGAGAUUUUCCAGACGGAUAUCAAUGGGCAAGCACGUGAACACCGGAAACUCAUGGGCCGAAGGAAUUAUGUUGCUAUCGUCGCUUACGACCCAGAGGUUGUUGCUGCCACUCCUUAUGGCGCAGUCACGCCACAGACCAGACCUAAGCUCAGCUUGGCGGCCGACUUUAUGGUGCAAGGCGAAGGGGCAUAUGCGACCGUGGUCAAAUAUGGGCCUGUCAUUGUGCCAAGUCUGGAACAUGAUCACAAACCCUCCAUCUACUCCGCAUCCUCACCAGCAUCUGCAAUCUUGGAUCCUGAAGAACCAAAAAUGACCAGCAAAUCCAAUAUGUCCGUAACCCUCUACACUUAUUUCCGCUCAUCAUGCUCUGCUCGACUCCGCAUCGCGCUAUAUCUCAAGGAAAUCCCAUUUCAACCGGUUUUCGUCAACUUACUCAAAGAUGAACAAUCGUCCCCGGCUCACAAAGCCAUCAACCCAUCCGGCCUCGUCCCAGCCCUCAUCAUCCAAGAUGAAAACGGCGCCGCACCGAUAACAAUCACCCAGUCCCUAGCCGCACUUGAGUAUCUGGACGAAGCCUUCCCAGACCACGGUCCCGCCCUCCUACCAUCCGACCCCAAGUCCCGUGCCCAAGCACGCACGUUGGCUUCCAUCAUCGCCUGUGACGUGCAGCCCGUUACCAACCUCAAGAUCCUGAAACGUGUUGCCCCACUAGGCGUGGACAGGGCAGCUUGGUCUAAGGAUUUGAUCGAGGAGGGUCUACAGGCGUAUGAGACGACUGUGUCUCGGUCUGCGGGAAGGUUCAGUGUCGGGGAUGCGGUUACAAUUGCGGAUAUUUGCUUAAUUCCCGCGGCUUGGGGUGCCGAGCGGGUUGGGGUGGACUUGUCGGCUUUUCCGCUUACGUAUGGGAUUAUUCGGAAUCUGGAGGGGGAGGAGGCUGUGAGGAAGGGCCAUUGGCAGACGCAGCCUGAUACGCCUGAGGAGUUGCGGGCGAAGGAGUAG